AUGAGCCCGGGACGGGAGACCCCGAGCGGGCUCGCCACACAGCCGGGCCUGCCGUUUUCCUUCGAGUUGGCGGUGUUCUUAGUAGCCGUCGCGAUGCUGCUCGCUUCGCUGGUAGUUUUGUAUCUCUACCUCAAUCGACGUCUCUGCUUCGGCAGUCACGACAAGCGCAAGUACUCCGACUACUCCAGCAAUACCCUCGCGGACGACACCUUCUGCUACUACGAAGAUCUCAGCGCUAGUUCAGAUUCUGACGAGCAUCUUUUGAACGACAAUGAGAGAUCGGCAUCCGUAUGCUCUCUGGAUGACCGCCGGGAAACUCAUCCCUUCACCGAGCUCAACGCGAAUUUGAAUUACAAUUCAUGCUCUCAAACGCUAAGUAACCCCGCAAUCGGAGCACCGACCGCUGCGGCUGCGACGACUUUGACGUCGACUGUUGACGCGCCUACGAUAAAGCCUGCUUCAGGCCAACAAGAAGUGCCAUUCGCUGCCCGCGACGGAGGAUUCCUCGAAGUCGUUAUCAACCACGACGCACUUGCCCGCAGGGUGAUCGUGAGUUUGGUUCAGGCACGUAAGCUGCCCGUAAAAACUCAGGGUGGCGCAAGCUCGUACCGGGUCAAGGUUACUGCAAUUACUUCGAAAGAGACCGCCAAUGAUAAAAUCAUGAAGCACACCUCUAAAGUCAAGCAGGCCAAUCAGCAGGGUAACUGUAUAUUCAACGAAGAUUUGGUGUUCUCUCGCAUUUCGAGCGAUUCUCUAGCCUGCGUGACACUCCGCUUCAGGAUUUAUUCCGCGCAGGAGCGCCUAACUCGACGACGGCGCCUGAUAAGUGAAGCCACAAUGGUACUUUCGCAAGCGCAUCUUGGCGAAACGCUGACGCUGGCUUUCGAGGCGCGAACCCCGGCCACCAACGGUAGUGACUCUGAACAGAGCGAUUCGUCGACUGGUUCGCUCAAUUCCCUACAGCACGUCGGGCUCUCGGCGUCUCCGGAGCUCCUGGUCGGACUUGCCUACAACGGCACCACUGGCAGACUGAGUGUCGAAGUGAUCGGAGGCAGCCAUCUCGGCGUUCUCCCGGGAAUUCCUCACGUGAAAAGUUGUCCCAACCCCGACACGUUCGUUAAGUUGAGCCUGCUGUCCUCGGCCGGACGUGAGAUCGCGUCGUCGAAGACCUCGGUUCGACGAGGCCAAGCGGAUCCUGUUUACAAGGAAACAUUCGUGUUCCAAGUCGCCCUUUUCCAGCUCACCGAUGUGACUUUGAUACUGUCAGCAUACAAGCGCAACUCUAUGAAAAGAAAACAGUUGAUCGGCUGGGUUUCCUUCGGGUUGAAUGCAUCCUCUGACACACAACUGGUCCACUGGAGUGAUAUGAGAGAUGGUCGAGGGGAACAAAUCGCUCGGUGGAAUACACUGAUUCAAACACCGGCUUGAACGAGGAUCUGACAAUGAUACCGUGCAUCCCCGAUGAGACCGACGGAGCCCAGGCAGCUUGGGGUCUCGUCGAUCAUACUC